GAGGCGAAACGUAAAUUUGGUGGAAUUUUAUUAUUUACAUAAUUGAGGUUUUUAAAAAGCUUUUAAACAAUUUAAUUAUCGCGCCUAAUGUUUCAACAUCUUAAAGUGAAAGACUGAAGUAAAACUAUGAAUUCUGUGUAGUAAAAGUGUAACAUAAGUUUACAGUUGCGGUUUGCGAAUGAUUGUUAUAUUUUAACGUAUAUUUCUCUUCCUAUAAACAAUGAAAUUAGUUAUGUUUUUACCUAAACAAGCUUAAUAAAAAUGGAAGAAAAAGGCAAUGAAAAGGUUUUAUUAAAAGAUGCAAAAAGUCCCGAUACAAAAAGUAGAAAAAGAGACAUGGAUGAAUCAGAUAACGAAGAAGAAUUAGUAAUAGAUACUAGUCCUAAUACAAGAAGCAAGAAUAAAAAUAAAAACCGUAGUCGGAAACGGAAAAGGUUAACGAGCACUAGCAGUACUGAGUUUGUUUUAACUUCAAACACAUUGGAAUUGGAGAAGAAUUUACAGGCAUCAGCUUUGAAAAACAAUCUAGAUGAUACCAGUGUGAAGAAAAUAAUUAAAAAAGUGGUAACUAACGACCAUGUGUUGGCGCUUGUGAAGCUCCGUGAGGAAGAGGAGGCCUCCAGCACAGAUGAGGAUAUUCCGACAUUAACCAGAUCCAAGGCUAAGACCAUCAAGAAGGUCCCCCGGGUGACGGCACCAUGGAACCUGCAGCUGGAGCCGAUAGAGCAUAUCCCGGUGAAGACGAGACCUGAAGUGGAGGCUCUCAUUGCCCAAGAACUACCUGACGAUGAAGAUGACGAGGAAUAUAAUCCUACCAAUGAUGAUAUACCUAGUGACGACGAUCACAUAGAGUCGUGUAGUGAUCUGGAGUCGCAACCGCGCACACCGGCGACGCCGCGUCCGACUGAGGAGUCGCCUAAAGUCGUGAAAGACGGACCGUUCGUAGUACCACAGGUCUCCAAAGUGAGCCGGCAGUUGAAUUUAGAAGAGGAUGCGACGAUAGCUUUACGUACUCGCUCUAAACUCUCCCUAUCAUCGACACCCAUAGAGCAUAUAGAAAGUUCCUUCGUGCCCCCGGACGAGUUGCCUCAGACGGACGUAGAUGAGAUAUGGAACGACUUCUUGAAGGAGUGCCUCAACCCGGCACCGAAUGCGCACGAGGAUGAUGAUGAUGCUGAUCCGGAGUAUAAUGUCGCGGCGGAUCCUGAUGCUACUGAAGACGAAGAGAGCUUAGAAAAAAGUAUAAUCAAGAUAUCCAAGAAGGAGUUAGAAGACAUUCUGACUGAGUUGUGUCAAGUAAUGCCGCAGCCUGAGAAAGAUAUACAGAACACACAGGAGGCGCCAGCUGCAUGUGUGGCUAUGGAGACACAGGUACAAUGGAAAGGAAAGAGAGAGAUAGUCUCCGACGAGGAGAAGCAAUCAACUCCAAUAUUCGCCCGCCGCAUGUCCAUCGGGAAGACGGAGCCGAUGGAUGAUGAAGUAAACGAGGAAAUUCACCAGGAGCAGGCUGAGAACUGUGUACAAAGCGGAAAAGACAAUAUAGUACCAAUAACUCAAGGCAAAGCACCGCCGAAGGUUAUUUCUCACGCGACCGCGGUUAAGCCAACACCCCCUAAGACAGCGCCCCCUAAGCCUACGCCCCCUAAGCCAACGCCCCCUACACCAGCGCCCCCUAAGGACGUGACGAUGGCAGUGGAAGAGGGCGUGGCGGAACUGCUGCAAGGAGGAGAGGGGGACACCCCUGCCGUUGUUAAGAUCGUCACUAACACUACUCCAGAAGUGGUGGUCAACAUCGAUGAAACUGUCAAGUUUCUACCGGAGCAGCGUCUGCUGCUGGAGCAACAGCUGCGACAGCACGUGCAGCUGUGCGCGUCGAACUUCAUGCAGGUGUGCGUCAACCCUAAACACUGGGGACGCGCCGCUACGUUCAAAGAGUACCUGAAGUCACUGAACAAGAUUGCUGACGAGAACCCAUCAUCAGUAGUGAAUGUUUGCAACCUGCGGCCGGCGCUAGACCUAAUAAUUGCUUACGAGGAAUCCGUCACAGAGGUCACGCCAGAGAAUCAGGAGAUGGUCAAGUUCAUGGCGGACGAGAUGGACAGAAUGUCGACGAAAACAUCGAACAAGUACAUCUACCGCGGUAAAUUCCCGCAGCGGUUCAAGGCUGUGGUGGCGAGCAGUAGCGUGUUCCUGUACCCAUACCUGCUGCCGCCAUCGCCCUUCCGGCCGCACACAACGCGACGGAUGACUUACCUGAGAUCGGAGGACGAAUUAAUAGCUCUCGGUCUGGACGAGUUCUUCUGGUAUGUGGAACACAAUCCGGAGUUGUACCGUCUGCCGCGGCUGCCCGGGCGGCGCGGGCUGCAGGCGGCCACGGCGCUCGUUUGCCGCUACCUGAUGCCGUGGAUGUCUCCUAACUGCCUGGCAGCCCAUAUCUUCACGGUGCGGAGGUCUAAGGACGUCAAUAAUCCUAUCUAUAAAUUUAUCAAGAACCGCACCGUUGAGCCUGUUAAACAUAAGCUGCUGCCGUUCGACCCCACGCGCACCCUGUACGACCAGCCCGAGCACGAAAUGCCGCGCUCCUGGGUCGUCUACCUCGCCAAGACCAACAAGCGCUUCCGGUCAUAUCUGUACAAACGGUCUCACGUGAACGGCGCGGAACCUGUCGGAGUCGAGAUAGACGGUUCAAAAAUUUUAAACAACUACCCUCCGAAGUCAACUUCGUUACCGAUCGCGCCGAUUCGGAAAUAUAGAGGAAAUGAGAAGAAAGAUGAAGUAACCACACAAGAAGUAACCACUACACCGACUUUGACAGUCGCUACCAGAGUCUACAACCUGGUUACGACAUCCAAUGGCAUUAUGCUGGUGCCGCAAACCACGCCUCAAGCCACCGUAGCCACAUCGGUAAUAACCACACCCAUAUGUUCGGUGGUAGAAAACCCUCCCACUGUACCGACUCCCACCAUAACGAUCGAUAAUGGAAAACUAAUUACUCCACCAAAAGUACCGAGUGGUAUACAGUUUGUGAGAAUCGCUCAAAGACCACAAAAUAUAACGAGCAAACCGGCAUCACAAAAUUCCGAACAACACUGCAGGUGUUGUAAAAUUCUAAGGAAAAUGAAAAGGACCAGGCAAACUCUUAUAACGGAUUUCAUAAGAGGUGCCAAAAGGAAAACUUGCCCAUGCCAAUCUAUCAAACGACCGCAGAUGACGAAUAAGUUGAAAUUGUUGAUAAAAUACUAUGCGACAUAUUCCAAAACUGUUUAUAGCCAUGUCAAGAGUAUUUUUGAACAAUUGAAAGGAAUAAGUGCUGAAAAAGUAGAAGAAACAAGCGAUGAAUCUGUUGAUAAGGAGAAAGAUACAGCCUUUGCUAUAUCGUUCAUAAUGAAAUUAUCUGUCCAUAUGAAUAUGUCGAAAACAAUGUACAGGAAGCAACGAAUCGACGAAAUAUUGCAAGCCUUUGACGUACACAAUGGCAACCCUCUAUAUCUUGCUGCGGAUUUGCACAAAAUUUUGGGUCAAGAUGAAAUGGAAUUGUACAGAGAAUUCAUGGCGUUUUUAACACCGGAUCAAGCAGACAGGCUGGAGAAAUUCAGGGACCAUUUCAUUGGUAAUUGUAUGGAGGAUUAUAUGAAGAAAAUUGAGGAGUGUAUACCAAAUAAAGAUCACCGCUGUGCUGUCACAGAGUUACUAUUAUCCAUGUUCGGUAAAAAAACUGCAACUGCUUGUGAAUGGUGCUGCGGCCUCCUGGAAAAUCUGCGUGACUACCCCGCGCUAGCAGAAUACACUUUCUAUUUGUUCCCGCAUAGACGGAAAACUGCGGACAACUUCUACAAAAAAUCCACUUGUACGAAUAAUAAUAAGGACUGUAACAAGGAUGAAGAAGAUGCUACUGUUAAUAAUAAUGAAGAAGAAAAUCUAAGCCGUAAUAGUAUCAAACAAAAAAUAAUUACUAAGAGAACGCCAAAUAUUUUGAAUAACAAAGAAAACAAUAGAAUAUCUAAAAUUGUUGCUGUCGACUCGAAUAACGGAGCACCAAAAAUAAUUAAUAACAAACAAAUCAAUGAAACAAUAAAAAUAGUCAACGACAAGCCAACUAACGAAACACCUAAAAUGGUUUUAAAUAAACCAAAUAUUGAAGAACCGGAGUCGACAAAGAAAAAACUAAAUAGGAAGAAACAGACGUUACGUUAUAGUGAAACUAGUUCUAGCGAGGAAGAGGCGAGCAUGUCUGACGGAAGCACAACUGAGGAUGACGAUGAGACUGAUUGUGGCGAUGAUCAAGAAAGUUCUAAGGAAGUUAAGAAAGAGCCUGAAGGAGAAAUAAUUAUGGAAGAAGGGAGAGGAAAUCCUGUAGAAUUACUUUCUGAAGUCAAAGAAGAACCUGCAGACUCAUACGAGAUAACAUACACAACUACUGAAGUGCAACAUAGAGUCAAUGAAAACCCUCAAUCUGUAGAAUCCGUAGCAGAGAGUGAAGUAAAUGUGAAGAUAGAACCGCUGGAAUGGAAGAGAGAAGAAGACAAGUUGCUAUUGGAGCUGAUGAAACAGUCCCUAGCGGAUGGGAAGACUAAAACUCUCUGCAGCAUAGUCGAAUCCCAGUCGGAGAAAUUCUUGCAGUGUUGCGAAAACAGGUCGCUGCUCGACAUCACUAAACGACUUUUUCAUUUAUUACAAGUUGUUAAUGAAAGUUAAUAAAAUAAUUUAUUUU